CCGAAACAUAUUCUAACAUGGCCGACGAAACGUGCUUCCACGAACACAAGCAAUAAUAUAUAAUACGACAUGUUUCCCAGAGCCCACCGCCAUUUUUAAAUAGUCACAGCAUAAUUUCCCCGCAACUCCUAGAUUGCUUUGUUGUAUCUAAUCUGAGCAGCGAAAGACUUUAUUAGUUCAAAUUCAAUCGAACUCGAUUACCCUGUACAAAGCUUUACCGGCGGUCCGAGCCGAUCCGAGGGUCAUCACCGCAUAUAGUAUACUUUAUACUUACUUCAAUGGGCAAGAAAAGUAAAAGACAUGGGCAUGGUGGCCACAAUAAAGGGAAAAACAACAGACAACAGGAUGAAAAUUCUUCAAACGGAGGAGGAAGCAACUCGGAAGGGUCCAAGAAAUGUUCUCAUAUCACGAAAGCUAUUAAGCUUGGGGUCCUUCAAAACCACAUCCCACAUAUGAAGAUUGGACAAUGCUCUGUUUGUAAUGAAGUACCAAACAAGAAUACCUCUAUCUGUAUUUGCCUGCGAUGUUCCAAACAAGGCUGUGACCGGUACAGCAACGGCAAGCAUGGAUUGAGUCAUUACGAAGACACACCCUCUCAUUGUAUAACUGUCAACUUGAGUUCUCUCAUGGUCUGGUGUUACUCCUGUGACAUAGAGAUUCCUGUUGCUCCAAACACUGAUUUACAAGACUGCAUCAACCUACUUCUCAAAGCACUACAGUCGACAGGCCGACAGCUUCAGGGGAACGGGCUACUGCCUAAAGUUGUGCUCAGAGAUGUGACACAGGAUUCAGAGAUCAUGGCCAGGCAUUACCACCCUCAGCACAAGCUUGUUAAGGGGCUUGUAAACUUGGGAAACACCUGUUUCUUCAAUGCUGUCAUGCAGAAUCUCUGUCAGACUGAGCUGCUGUACCUUGUCAUGAAGUUUGCCAGUCAGGACGAUUAUAUGCACACCUUCACAGCUCCAAACAAGCAACUGUCUGAGCUUUCAGUCAAAGUGGCCACACCUCCAGGUUCAUUGACGAUGGCACUAAAGAAACUACUCAUUCAGAUGAAGAACUCUGACCCAGGACCUCUCAACCCUAAGCACUUAUUCUCAGAGAUCUGCAAGAAAUCGCCUCGUUUCCGUGGUUACCAGCAGCAGGACAGCCAGGAAUUACUUCGGUGCUUACUGGACUCGAUUAAGACGGAACAACUACGGCGCCUCAAGAUUGGUGUCUUGAACGCCUUCGGUGUGAACGCCGAGGAAGGUGGUACCUUGAAACAACUGUCUGAGGAGAAGAAAGACAUAGUCAGAGAGUACGUCAAGUCGCUCUCUAGCACCGCGGUCGAUAUCGUGUUUGGUGGAACGUUGGACAGCAUCGUGGUCUGCCAUCAAUGCCACAAGGAGUCAAGAGUGAGGGAGUCGUUCCUUGAUCUCUCCUUAUCGUUGGCACCAUUACAGACAAAAAGUUCCAUGCCAGUGUCAGGCUCUAAGAACAAGCGUAUGUCACCUCUUAUUUCGGAGUCUGCGACACUUACAGAGGUGAAAGAGGAGGAUGCAAAUGAUGGCUUGCAAUAUAUGAGCAAAUACAAACUCAAGGCUGCAAGGAAGGCUGAAAAGAAAAAGGCAAAGAAGAACAAGAGCGCUUCUAAAAGGCAGCCGAAACAUAUCAACCAAUCAGAUGAUAUGGCAAAGUCAAAUGACCAAUCGGAUGAUGAGAAAGAGCUAAAUGAUCAAUCAGAUGGCGAGGUAGAUAUACACAGCGACCAACAAAAUGGCAGUUAUCCCAAUGACCAAUCGGACGUGGCUGUACACGAUGUCAUGGCACAUGGUAGCCAAUCAGAGGGCGCAGUACAAUUAAACUGUUCAGAAGGCGUUGGACGCAGUGAUCACACGGGUAGUGUGUCACAUAAUCACCAAUCAGGUUGCGAGAACGACAGCCAGUCAUGUGAUAAAUGUCAAAUUGAACAGCCCGAGGACAAGAGAGACUCUGACCAGAGGAGUGACCUGAUACAUUCUAGCCAAUCAGAGGCCGUGCACCGUAAUGUACAUGCUGAAGACGAGGGGCAUAUUGAUGAAUAUGGAUGUGGAUUACAUGACAACGAGCAAUUGGAUGAGGAGGUAGCUUCGCAUGUGUCAGGCGAUGAUAUUAUGGACGUGAAUGACCUGAUACAUUCUAGCCAAUCAGAGGCCGUGCACCGUAAUGUACAUGCUGAAGACAAGGGGCAUAUUGAUGAAUAUGGAUGUGGAUUACAUAACGACGAGCAAUCAGAUGGCGAGGCAGCUUCGCAUGUGUCAGGCGAUGACAUUAUGGCCGUGUCUGAUGACGAGACCUCUGACACAUGCGCUGAAGUAACCAAAGAAUAUUCCCAUGAUCCUUUGUUUGUCCCCGAACAAGUAAAUAAUAAACUUCUGCACCUUUCCGAGGAGGCUACUGAAAGUAAGCUUGCUGUAGAUUCUUCGGAUGAAGUUCGCUGUGAGUCGCGCGAGAAUGUUUUUCCCAAUGUUAUAUGCACUCGUACCCCUAGCGUGUGUGCAUCUCCUCAAACAACUGAAAAUUCCGUUACAAAUCCGUACGCCAUUAGGAGUGAAAAAGCAAAUGACAUUGCGACAGGAGAACCUUUUCGUUUCACUGCAAGUCUCAAAGCUGACUCUUACGAGAAUAUAAGUUUGGAUAACACAAUGGUUGAUUCACUUGACGAUGAUAGGGAGAGUGUUUGCAGUAAUUCCAAGAAAAGUGCAAUAUUCUUGGAAAUCAGGGAUGAAAAGAUUGAGAUGAAAAGUUAUUGUACUUACGGUGAUUGGGUUAUUGUCAGUGAGUCACCGUCAGCAACUACUGACUCGGGAUACGGGAGCUCCUGCAAUUGUACGAAAACUACUAAGGGUACAUAUCUAGAUAAGAACACCAGCGUGGAUAUAAACAUGGAGAAUAGAACAGAGGAUCUAAGUCCUUCGAAAGAAAAUAUGGAUCAUUUAGAGUCAUCAAAAAGCAGCGUAACCCCAGCAUCAGGUUUGGACAUCAAAGACACAUCGUCUGUCAAUUCCGUGACUUCUAAAGUAAACACGAUUGGUGAAGAUACAGGCGAUAUAGCAUCCCACGUCAAACGUCUCUCAUUAGAAGAGGACGCCUUAGACUCUGAGAACAAAUCAAAUGGGUUAGAAUGUGAUGAUAGUAAACCAUCCAACGGCUCUGGCGUUGACGAAAGUGUGAACGCGACUUCUGACAUGUGCAGUGCUAAUUGCACCCGUGUGAAUGACGCCUAUUCUGAUAUGGACACAACGUCGAACUCCUCCACACAGACUAAAGACAGUGGUAUUUGGGGGUGUGAUGCGUAUAGUGUUGAUACAGGAGAAGCUUCAACAACCAGACACCUCGGCAACUCAUCCCCUAACCUACCCUCUCAGGAGCCGCCUACAAGUUCCCCAAGCCCUCCCUCAAGGGAACUGACACUAGGCUCCCCGUACCUCCCCUCCCCAGGGGAAUGUUCGGUCAUGUCUUGUCUAAGCGUUUUCUGUGCCAAAGAGACCCUGACUGGGAAGAACAAGUUUGCGUGUGAAGAGUGUACCAAAGCUCGAAAUGGCUGUGGCACACCUGUCUGCGAAGAGUCUGGGGACAAAGAAGAGGCCUCCAGUAAGCGACACCGCAGCCAGGCCCCCACAGUGUACACAGAGGCGACUAAACAACUGCUCCUCUCCCACCCUCCCCUGGUACUGACGCUGCAUCUGAAGAGGUUCCAGCAGGUCUUGUUUGGGCUGCGCAAGGUUGCCAAACACGUGGACUUUCCUCUGGUGCUCGACAUGGCACCCUUCUGUAGUUCGCAGGGAAAGGCCCUUCCGGAUGCUAACGGCCAGAUCCUGUACUCUCUCAUCGGCGCCGUCGAUCAUAGUGGUGGCCUGAACAGCGGUCACUACACGGCAUACAUCAAACUCAAAUCCAAGCCUACUCUUGAUCUGAACCGAGAUAUACGCAACAGUCGUGAACUUGAAGCUUACAUCCGGGAAACCUGGAAUGAGGCGCAUGCGCAAAAGUGCACUUCGCAGGGGGUGCCCCAGGGGCAGUGGUAUUACGUCAGCGACUCGCACUCAGUGCUGGUGCCAGAGUCACGUGUGCUUAGGAGCCAGGCCUAUAUGCUGUUUUAUGAGAGGUUACCGCUGGUCCAAAAUGGAAAAACAUGAAAUACUCCAGGCGUUCCUUCCCUAAGAGCCCAGACACACACUAAAGCAGAUCUGCUUUAAACGUUGCCCGGUCAACGCCUGAUAACGCCUUAGCGUUGUGUUUUUGUUAUUGUUUUGGCCGCUAAACGGUGUUUUUGUUGUCUAUACGUCUUUCCUGGCAGCCAUUUGGAGUAUUCUCUAAAGGCCGAUUUAGACAGCACGAUUUAGUCCUAUGCGACCUGCCUACGACGAGUUAAGAAUGCUGCAUUCACACUAAAACCAUGUUUAGUUAAGGUUUUUCUUUGCCUGAUAACUUGCCAAGUUUCUCAUUGUGUCGAAUUCUUACUAGCUGAAUGAUCUCUUAGUAACAUGUACAGCAGAAUCUAUUCAGUUUUUUUCUUGGUUCUGCCCACUCUUGGGAGAUUGAGAUUUAAACCAGUUUAAUUAAACCACAUUUAAACUGGUUUAAGUGCUGGUGUGAAUGUGAUAUUAGACCUGAAUUACACACUACGACUUUCGUAGUCAAGCAUCGUAGCGGAGUUGUAUUUACACUUUACGUCUCGGGUUUUAAAAGUGUCGCAUACAACUAAAUCGUGCUGUCUAAAUCACCCUUAAGAAAGUCGUAGUGUACACACUGAAUUACAAUUCAGGACUAAGACAUGUCGUAGAUAGGUUGUAUACGACUAAAAGUGUUUUCUAAAGCCUGGUUUCCAUAUAGUCGUAACAGUUGUAAGGGUCGUAACAGUCGUCUAGGUUUUGCCCCCCGAGGUGAACACACGACCCGCGAAGGUUAUAAGUAAUGUUCUUUUGUUGUUUACGGGGAACAGAAUUCUGAUUCCAGGCUUUAGUCAUCACGAUUUAGUCGGAGUGCACAAUAAUGCUAUUGUCAGUAGUAUUAUCACCAUGCGCUCGGACCAGUCUCCGUUAGACCUGAAGAAGGAAAAAGGAGAGCAAAAGUUUGGUAUGCAUUAUGAAAUAUCCCAGGCGUUCCACUGUUAGAGACCCAGGCCUUCGCAGCUUUACUGAACUCGCCCCAGGUCACGAAAUGCCUUAAGAUAUGAGUUUCUGGCGGAUGAAAUUAUGAAUAUAUAUGAAAUUAGUUGAUGCUAUAUACUGAGAUGCAGGAAUGUUCAGAAUUAUGAUAUUCCUAUAGACUAUAAAUGCCUAUUUUUUAAAAACAAACAGAAAUAUGCAA